CCACAGUUUAAAGGACCAAUAAGACGUCGCCGCGAGUUCUGUGACACUUACAUGAGUACUCACAUGUUUUAAUAAAGUAUUCUAGACGAUAGUGUGUGAGAGAGGAAGGGGAAGAUAAAAUAAAAAAGUAUAUAACCGGAAAUGGCGGAGCGUGAUUGAUUUAAUAAAAUUAAAUCUGUGAUGAGGUGUGUGUGUUAUCACUAGUCCCCGGGCACUCUCAAAGUCGCAUGAUAAUGUCAUCGAGCACAUGGAGGAGAUUAUUGAUUAUCUAUUGUUACUAUGAUAACAUUAUUAUUAAAUUGUGUAAUGAGAGAAAUAUGAUACUGCUCGUGCCGCAAUUUAUGUUGUCGCGCUGACAGUGCGUUGGUCGUCGUUGCUAACAGUAAUAUAGACAAGUAGUUUUUUUUUAGUUGCUCCGGUAUCUGGAUCUGAGACAAAAAAGUUUUAUCGUUGGUUCAUUAUGAUGAUCAAGUUUCGGCUGUGAUGACUCGAGGGUGGAGGUGGAGAUUUAUUGUAGAAGAGUUGAAAAAUAAUUACAGCCUCGUGGGGGUUUUAAGAUACAGCGCCAUGGGUAUGAGUUUUUUUUUCUUGGUUUAGUUUAACGACCGCCCCCGUGUCCAUGCAGCGAAAGUGAUGAGAGAGUGAUAGUGCGACGAGGUUCGAGGAACUAGAGAAAAGUGUUUAAAUAAAGUGAGAUUUACUGCUAGUGCCUAGUUUUAUUAUUAUGUAUUAUAAAUAUAUUAUAGACUGUAUAAUUAUAAAUAGAUAUUGAUAAUUACUGAGUCAGUUGACAUCACACAUGACGAAAUUACCUUUUUAAAUUAAUAAUAUUAUAAAUUAUGACGUUAGACAAUAAAUUUAAUUAUUAAAUUCAGUAAUCUGAUUGAGAAAAUAUAAAAUUUAAGAUUUAAUUGACACUAGAUAGUAGAGUGUUGACAAUAAAGUAAAAAUAAACUACCAAGAUGGACGAGUGCAUGUUAAAUGAUCUGCUGGAAUGCUCCGUUUGUCUUGAGAGGUUGGACACCUCGAGCAAAGUCCUGCCAUGUCAGCAUACCUUCUGUAAAAAAUGUCUCGAGGAAAUAGUCAGCACGCAUCGGGAACUGAGGUGUCCAGAAUGCCGCGUGCUGGUGGAUGCUAAGGUCGACGAUUUGCCGCCCAAUGUUUUGUUGAUGAGGAUACUGGAGGGUAUGAGAAACGCGACUCCGAAAAGUGCUAAACCCUAUGCACGAACAACAACAGGUCCGCAAAGACUUUUUGGCGGUCAUCAGGUAACACCGAUGCCCGCCGCUGUCACAACGACCAUGGCACCAGUUGUCCUUGCAGCUGAUCCAGCAAGACACGCAAAUGCUUCCGCUAAGCAAGUGCACCUUCAUAAUCAACCCUAUGGCAGAGCUAUUUAUGAUUACAUCUCAAAAGUCCCGGGAGAUUUGAGCUUUAAAAAGGGAGAUAUUGUGAUUUUAAGAAAAAAAAUUGAUAAUAAUUGGUAUUUUGGUGAGUGUGGAAAUAAUCAUGGCGUAUUUCCGCUCUCUUAUGUCCAGGUGAUGACUCCUUUGCCGCCGCAUGUUCCACAGUGUAAAGCCUUGUAUGAUUUUAGAAUGACUAAUGAUGAAGAGGACGGAUGCCUUACAUUCAACAAAGGUGAAGUAAUUAGUGUAAUAAGAAGAGUCGACGAGAAUUGGGCAGAAGGAAAAUUGCUAGAUCGUAUUGGGAUUUUCCCACUGGCUUUUGUUGAGUUAAAUAGCGUUGCACGAGCUCUGAUGAAGUUGUCGACAAAUGUGCAGCCAGGGCCGUCGAGAGUUGCACCGCCAACUCCAACGAAUGAAGAAACAACACCGCUGAUACCAACAGACCAUACCAGAAAUGUCCAGACGACCAGCAGUCAACCUCAGCGGCCACAAACAGCACCAGCGGCUGUCCUGCCUGUGUCUGAUUCGAGCUCAACAGUUUCCUCUGGCGGCAGCUCCACUACCACAACUCCAAAUACACCAAAUAGUUCAACGACCUCAAGCAGCUCUAGUACUGCACCAAGCAGUCCCAGUAGUCCGGCCACUUCCCCACCAGCUGUCGGUGGUAGACACAGCGCUAAACGUCACAGUUUUACGGCAGUUAAUACUGGACACCAUCCACAUCCUCAUCACAGACACAGCGCUGAAAUUUUAAGUCCACCGGCAACUGAACAAAAUAUCAGCGGAAGUAGUAAUAAUGCUGCAAAUACCACUGAGACAUUCGCUCCGUCACAAUCAACCACAGGAACUCAAGAACACAAUUUACGUCAUCGUAGGAGUGGCAGCAGUGAUCUUGUCCUGUCUCAGCCCUCUUCAAGUUUACCUAUUGCCAAUUCUACGACAAAUUUACCAGCUGCCUAUGUUGCUCUCUAUCCAUACAAACCUCAGAAAGCUGACGAACUCGAGUUACGUAAAGGAGGUAUUUAUAUGGUGACUGAACGUUGUCAAGACGGUUGGUUCAAGGGUACAUCAAAUCGUACACAAAAGUGUGGAGUUUUUCCGGGUAAUUAUGUUACACCUGCCAAAUGUCAACGGGGAAUUUGUCGAGUUACUUUAACAACGACACAUCAGACCGCGACGCUGACAACUGCUCAGGCAACAAAUGAUUCACGAAUGACUAUCAGCUAUACUAAGAACAAAGGUGCAACAGCACAGCCGUAUAUUCCUCGUUCUCUUCCGCCUCCAGAGUUGCCACCACGCGCAGUAAGUCCUUCACCAGCUGUAUCAGCAUCUUGGCACGGUCAGGGACAAGGACAAAGCCCUCCACGGCUUGCUGAGCAAGCUGCUGCCAAUCCACUCGGCCGUAGUCAUAGUGCAGUGAUGUCAUCUAAUAUUGCUUCACCAGGUAAAACAAUGCUAUCACCGCCAUCAAAUGUAAUCUCACCAGCGACUACAAGCUCCGAUAUGAAUCGAAGUCCAAGCAAUACUCUUAGAGUGACCGGUGGUGUAACUCCGCCUCCAAAUGUUUCAGUUGCCGCUGCCGCUGCUGCAGCCACAACUCCCGCCGCUUCCAAGUCCAGCGAAAAAGCAAAGCCAAAAGAAAAGAAAGAAAAAGGUGUAUCACUAAUGCGUCGUUUAACGAACAUAAAAAAAUCGAAAUCUCCACCUCCCGCGACUUACUCAAUGGACAAUCCAGUCUUUGAGGAUGGGAAUUUUGUGGCUUCCUCAGACGCCGUACACGUACGAUCGGGAUCAUGCCCGAGUCAGUUGUUAGAAGUCGGAUCAAGUCAAGAAAGAACGAGUCCAAGUAAUCAGCAACGCUUACAUCCAGGAACUGUCCAAGGAACAUUGACGACAUCACAAAGAGCUAAGCCCAAGGAACGGCCCUCAUUGCCUAUUACCUUUCUACCGAGAUCUGGAGAAGCUGGAGUAACAUCAGCGAAUCAUCAUCGCAAAAGCAACUCCUUGGACGCUGGAAUGGGAAAGCAGAGCAAACAGCAGCCGACGAUGCGUGAACGAGAACGUGUAAACAGAUUCCGCUGCAUCGUACCUUAUCCGCCGAACAGCGAAUUCGAGCUGGAGCUGAGGAUCGGUGACAUUAUUUACGUUCACAAAAAACGUGAUGAUGGAUGGUACAAAGGUACUCAGCAGCGCACUGGACGCACUGGACUAUUUCCGGCGAGCUUCGUUGAAGCUUUCUGAGAUACAACUCAAGGUCGUCUUGUCUUGGAGACUUGCAUUUAGAUCAAGUCUUUUUAAGAGAAGACAACCUAAGCUCGUUUUCGUCUGUUUAUAUUUUUUAUUUCAAUACAUCACUAAUUACUUAUUAGUGACUUACUAUAAUUAUUAUUAAUAUUAUUAUUAUUAGGAAAGAAAUAAUUAAUUGCAUCACAAUUGACUGAGAUAAAUGAGAUACUAAACUGCCAUGGGUAAAAAAAAAAUAUUAAAUAAAAUUAGUAAGCAAAACGAGAAAUUAUAUAUUUAUUGACUCGUAUAUGCUGAAUUUGCGUGCAAUGUAUUAUAACUGCCAUUGGUGUAGUUCAAAUUUUUUUCUGAUUGUUUUUUAUAGAAAAAUAUUAAAUUUAAUAAUUAAUAAUAAUAAUAACAACAAAUAUUAGUAUUGUUAUUAUUAUUAUUAAAUGGAGUUUAAUAAGUUGAAAUAUGUUGACUCAGCAAUUUUUAAAUAUAAUAUUAUAGCUGAAAGUUGCUAAUUUAAUUGCUGAGAUAGACAAAGAAUUAAAUAUUUAAAAAUAAUUUACCACGUAUGACGUUGGUUUAGUUUUAAAUAUUAAAAAUAAUGUAUACCGAUAAGACUAAUUUCAUUGAGACUUAUCAAUGCCAUUUGUAUAGUUAGAAGUAUAGAUAACAAAAUAACUCACUUUAUUUUAUUAUCACAUCUCAUUUUAUUGUCACCGCUUGCGUAGAAAUUGACUGAAAUAAUUUUUUUUAUCGGUUUUAAAAUCAAAUAGGAACGUCCUCAUUAGGAAACCUCUUAACUCAACAUUUUUAUUAGCAAUUGUCAUAUAUUUUAUAUGAAUAUGAGUGAUGGAUAAAUUUUUUUAACCCAUUCUCUUGUUUUAUGUUUUUAUAAAUAUAGAGAAUUAUAUGAAUACUCGAAUGUUUAUGAACUUUUAAGUUUUUAGAGACGUCACGAAUUUUUUUUUUCGUCCAAUCUUUUAUAUUAUAAACUAGAAUUGCAUUUCUUAAGGUCGCAUAUAAAUCAUAAAAAUAUUUAUGACUUUUAAAGGUAUUAAUAAUUGGGUAUUUUGCCUUAUGGUAUGAGCUCGGUAUGCAUUUAUUUAGAAUGUAUAAGUUUUAAAAAUUGUUGCACGUAAAUCGUCUCCAAAAAAAAAAUUUAAGGAGACUGAUGUCUUAGAAAAGUUAAAACAAAUAAUUUUUUUUAUGCACAUAAGUAAAGAAAAUUAAAUUCUCUUGUUAUUCUCUCUACAUAUUUUGCAUGUCUAAAUAUUUUUUUAAACGUCAACAAAAAAUAGCUAGUCCUUUUUUUUGAAUAAAAUUUUAAAAAGGAGUUAGUAAGUUUGCUACUAAGGACGUCAAUGUCUCAUUACUUUUUUUAAAUAUUUUCUAACGCUUGUGUUCAAAUAAUAUCGUAUUUUAUCAGCUGCCGUGACCUUUACUAUUACUUUUUAUAACUUUUAUUUUAUAUUUUUUAUGCACAUUAAAUUAUAUAAAGUUAAAGAGUAAAGAAUAAAUUUUUUAUAAAUUUUUUUUUUUAACAAAAAUAUUUCUAAACAUAAAACCCCAGCACACAGAAUAUAAAUAAACUUUUAUUUAUUUAUCCGGUAUUAAAGUGCUUCCAGUGUUCAGUGGACAGUAUUCGCAUCCAAUUUUAUUUCUUCUCUUUUUUAAUCAACAAUGACAAUUUUUUUUUAAAUUUAAUUACAUGACGUAAGCACAAAAUUUUAUUACUGCAAAUACAACUAGCGUACUUAUCACUCAUACUUUACAUUUCUAUUUCUAUCUUUUUUUUUUAUUACUAUAUAAUAAUAAUAAUAAUUAAAAAAAAAACAACAUAUAAACAUUAGCACAAAAAACGUAUACGUUAUAAUAAAUAACUAGAUAAUAACAAUACUAUAUAAUAACAUUUAAUAAUUCACCACUUGUACCUAAUGCUUCUUUCAACUCCCGAUAAGUUGUUACUCGAAGCCGAUCAAUUAUUUUUUUUUUCAUAAUUAUUAUUAUUGUCAUUAAUGAAUUAAUAACUAAUAUAUAAAUUACUCAUGAUUAAUAAUUAAACUAUUUAAUCAAAAGUUAUUUAUCUCAUAAAAAUAAAUUGUCAUUUUAUUAAUAAUUAAUUAUUAAUCAAUAAUGUUUACAAACAUACGUUUAUAAAUAACGUAAUAAUUUUGUGUUCAUAUAUAAAUAUAAGAUAAUAAAAAAGCACAAGAUAUUUAAAAUAAAUAAUGACUUAUAAAUAAUUUUAACAAGAAAAACUGUUUCUAAGUCUUACUCUGUACUAGGGCACCAAUCUUAAUCUUCGCACAAUGUCAAAUGUAACUUAAUCAUGACAGAACUCUUUGUAAUAUUCAAUUGCACUAAUUAUCACUUAGAUAAAAUGUCUUUUAAUCAUCUAACAAUGACCACGUGAUACGCUUUUUUUUAAUUAUUAUUAUUAACUAUUAAUUUAUAAUUAUUAUUUAUAUUAUGUUGUAUUGUCAUUACUCAUUAUUUAAAAUAUUUAUACACUUAUUUUAUAAAACUAGUUAAUGAGAUAAAUCACGUAUUAUAUAAAUAGUUUUUAAAGUUUAAUAACAAAGUGACAAGAAUUAAUAAUUAUGUAACAUAUUUCAAUCUUGACAGUUGUAAAAUUUUUAUUAUUAUUCUUUUUUUUUAAUGAAAUGUCAAGUUAAUUUUUUAUGAUAUUGAAAUUAGCUGAGGUCUAAUAAUUUUUUAAUGUUUUUAAAAACGAUAAAUUUUUAAAAAAAUGCACAUAUAAUUUUAUUUAUUUUCUACAUGUGCAUAUUUUUAGUUUUUUAAAUUAAAUUGUUGAAAAAAAAAUCCGAAAAUUGUUAACCAAGACCAUAUUUUUAUGAGUGUGAAGUAGCAGACAUGAGACAUUUUAUGAAUUUUAAAUAAAUAAAUAAAUUAAUGGAAGUAAUGAAAUUUUAAAAAAUGCGUGGGUUGAUUUUUUGUUGAUCUAAAUACGCAUUUUUUAGUUUUUAUUCUACUUACAUUUUAUUUGAUUAUUCAAAUAUUUGAAAAAUUGCCACCAGUCAGUUCCAUUCACUCUCAUGAUAUUUUUAGUCAUAGGAUGCCUUGUAUUAACAAUAAUUAACAAUGUAAUUAUUUAAUUGUCUUGGUACAAUUUUAGCGGUGCCCGAUUCCAUUAUUAUGAUCCGUACCAAAAAGAUAAUUAAUUAAAUUUAUUUUAUUAAUUAUAAUAUUUAAAUGGUCAUGCAGAUUGUAGGGAAAAAAUAUCUUGUCAAUAGACUAGCAUUAAUCAGUAUAAUUAAACAAUUAAUUAAAUAAUAAUUUACCAAGUACUAAUUAAUUAGUAUUAAAUAAUAUAAUUGUCGCAAUGUUUUGAUUUUUUUUUAAUUUUAUUAUUUUACAAAAGCAAUAAUAGAAAAAAAUAAUAAUAGCAAUCAUGUCUAUAACUUUUGUAUAAAUUAAAAUUGUGAUUUAAUAUUAUAUUGUAUUGUAUUGUAUAUUUUAUUAUUUUGCUUAUUUUCUCUUUUAACGUACAUUAAUAUAUAUUUAAUCGUAAUUAUUGUCGUAAAACAAAAAUAAUCACAAAUAAAUAAAUUUUGAGAGGAAACAGAAUUAAUAUGAAAUGAAGAGACAUGAAUAUAAUUAAUAGUAUAAUUAAUUGUUAAAUGUAAUCACUGGGAAAAAAAUAAAUACUCAAACAAUAUCUCAAACUAUAAAUGCUAAAAAAUUUGAAUGUUUUGUCUAAUGUAAUUUAAAACUCGUAUUGUUUAGUAAAUGUAAUAAAGAUGAGAAUGUGAAAGAAAAAUAAGUUUUUUUUUAUCACCUUCUUCUUAAAUAUUUAAAUAAUUCAUUUAAAAUGGUUUAAGAAACUCAGGCGGGUGACAGCCCUAGUUUUUUCGUAUCGCAUGAUUUCAAUGUUAUGGAAAAAUAUUUUUAUUUCUUUAAAUUUUACAUAAGUACAGUUUUUUUAAAUAAAUUUUGCUACUUUUCCCAUUUUAUGUCAAGCACAGAAACCCCGGGUUUAAAUAGAGUAGGGGUAGAGGUACCAUUUUUGUUUUGGCCACUAUAGGGCUAGUUCUGGACACUUGAAAAAUUAAUAUAAAAUCAUUUUUAAAAGAUAUAAUGACAUAAUUGAUUUUAAAAAUGUGUUUAAUGAUACUUUUAUCCUACCAUUAAAAUGGAAAUUUUAUUUUAUACUUUUUCAUUAAUUAAAAUAAAGCAUUAAAUCUCCAACAGGGGAACAGUGGCCAAAAAUGCUACUUCUUUUCUAUAUGUAAAGUCUAGAAACUUUUAUAACUUGUCUUUUUAAUUAAAUAUUUAUCAUUAAUGAAAAAGUAUUUAA